UCCGUAUUUUCUCACAAAUUCUCCACGCACCUAGAACGUUCUCCUUUCAGGUGUGCUUCUUUUCCGUACUAUUUCUCUUGCUCGAUUGGUAGUUCUAGAAGAAUCAAUUCUUUUCUCUUCUGUUCCAGAUUUUCAAGGGCGGAUCUUUGCUUUCUCAUCUGGGUGUUGCAUUUUGGAUUUUCAAACUCAAUUUUCUUCAAGCAAAACAAGCAAGAAAAUACUCUGACUGAUAGGGAUGUCUGACAAAAAUAGUGAAAGAAAACUUAGACGUCGUAUCGCUUACCGAGAAAUGCCAGCUGAACGAAAGGAAGCUCUACCGGAACACCGUCGCUCAACCUAUUCUACAAGAAGUCGUCGUCUUUCUGAAAAUUCUUCUACUAGCCAUUCCAUGCAGAUUGAUUCUUCCCCUGAACCUCCAAACUUGAUUCCAUUGCCGACUACUACCUUCAUUAGAGACGGACUUUCUGCUCCUCCUGCCAAGGAACAUCCAACUCAAUGUGCCAGUGCGUAUGAAAUAGGAUCGACAUCCGGAACAUGUAAUGACCAUUCUAGCUUUCACUUCAGAGGACACAGGUCAACACCGGUAGGUUGUUGGAAUAUCAAAGAACUACCUUGUAGUCCUUCCAUUUUAAAGAAAGUUCCAAACUGCAAAUUUUGUAAAGCCAGGAGAUUUCAAUAUGAACCUCUUAGCUUCUGUUGUAGUAAAGGCUUAUUGCUCCCAAACGCACACGCAAGUAUACGUGGUCGUACAAGUAAUAUAGACUGUUAAGUCCAGAUAUCGAUCCCACAAGGACUUAGAUUCUACUGUCAAACUAAUUCAAAUUCGAAUGAAACUAUUCAAGAAAGUGAAAAUCAAGAUUGUUUAUG